UCACUAAUUUGUUGACGUUUGAUAGAAGCCAAUCGAAAAAAGUCUGUAUUUUCAUUGCUAUCAACAGGAGACAAUCAAACUUUCGGUUUUCACUUGUGUUUUGUAAAAAUAAAAAUACUUUCACUAUGGAUAAUUCAUCGAAUGAUUGGCGUUCGCCAGCCUAUAGGCAAAGUGUUGUGGAAAAAAUAAAUGAAGCACUGCAAAAUGUUGGCAUCCCAAGAAAUGCAAGCGAAAUGGAAAAUCAAGUGUUUCAAAAGGUUCAAACACAGGAAGAAUACAGAGCAAUGGUUGCGAAAAUUGUUUUACACAUGCAGAAUCAGAAAAACAAGAAACAGCAAGCAGAAGCCAUGGUUGAUCCUAUUAAUGCUCUACAGAACCUUACGAAUCAGGGAACACGCAACCAAAUGCCCGCACAAAUGAUGGGAAUGGGCAAUCAAAUGGGAAUGGGCAACGCUAACACAAAUCCAAAUGUCCUGCAUAAUUUGAUCAAUCAACGAGGCGGACAAGGACAAAUGCAACCGAUGCCUAAUAUUCGCGGUGCUGUACCAAACGCUAUGGGCAAUGCAAUGGCUAAUUCCAUGCCCAACGCUAUAAAUGCCAUGAAUGCCAACAACAUGAACAUGAAUAUGGGUGGCAACCAGGUUCUAGGUCAACCUGGUGGACCAAAUCCAGGAAAUCAAAUGACAAAUAACAUGGUCGGUCAAAUGAAUCAAAUGCAAAUGAACAUGCAGGGUGGACAGAUGAAUCCGAUGGUAAAUAUGAACAUGCCGAUGAAUAUAAAUUCGGGACUUCCCCAAAAUCAAAUGAAUGCAGCAAAUUUGAAUCAGCAAAUGAAUGCCGGCCAACAGAUCAAUCCGAAUCAGAUGUCUCAAAUGCUGAAUCGCAUCAGUAACGUGCAGAAUAUCGUUCAGCAAAACGCACCGAAUGUCGGAAAUCAAAUGAACCAAGCGCAAAUGACACAAAUGAAUGCUCAAAUGAUGUCAAAUUCGAAUUUGCAAGCAAACAUAAACCAGCCAAAUGUUUCGAACGUUGCAAAUAUUCAGAAUAUUCAAAAUGUUUCCAAUACACCGAAUGUGUCUGCUGGACCUAACGUAAGUCUGCCAAAUGUGAACGUUCCGAAUGUUAGUUUGCCGAAUGUCAGUGGGGGGCCAAAUCAGUUGCAAGGUGCUGGUCAGUUAAAUCCCAUGAAUCAAAUGAUGAAUAUUCCACACAUGUCUCGUAAUCAACCGGCCAAUGUUAUAUUUCAAAGUAUUCGAAACCCAACCCCCAAUCAAUCGUUCUUCAGAAAGAGCCCAAGUCCAUCGGUGCCGUCUCCAAUGGGAAAUAGUUUGCCCAAUCAAAUGGUACCCAGUCCGUUGGUUCCAUCACCACAAGUGACCAAUAUCAUGUCACAAAGGACUGUUAUGGCACCAUCGCCAAGCAACACCAAUUUAAACACACCGGGUCAGGCGAAUGCUGCACCAAGCCCAUUGAAUCCACAAGAGGAGCACUUGUAUCGUGAAAAGUAUCGACAACUGACUAAAUACAUUGAGCCAUUGAAGAAAAUGAUGGCGCGUAUGGGAAGCGAUGAUGAAAAGUUACUGAAAAUGAACAAAUUGUUGGAGAUUCUGUGCAAUCCGAAUCAGCGUAUUCCAUUGGAAACACUCAUCAAGUGUGAAGCGGCUCUGGAAAAGAUGGACUUGAAAUCAUAUUCAAUGGCAUCAACUACGACCAAUUUUCCCAGCGGUUCCAAGGAGCAUAACGUUAAUAAUGCACUCCUAGAUUCUGUGAGUGCCAACUUGCAAAGCCCCAUCGGAAAUCAUACGUUACAGAGAACAUUUCGGCCGUGCAUUGAGUCUCUUUUUGGGCCGGACAUAAAAAACUUACCGCAGAACAAGUAUGCACGUAUUUCAUCAAACGACACCAGUCGCUCCAAUAAUGUAACGAAUGAAAUACCACACGUGUUGCAGGGAGAAAUCGCUCGACUCGAUCGAAAGUUUAAAAUUACAUUCGACUCAUCGGUUCAGUGUGGAUCGAAAAUUUUAAAAUUGAUUUGCUACUUGCAUGAUGAUCCAUACUUGCCGUGUAUACCACCAUUGUAUGUAUCCAUUCCAGAGGAUUAUCCAUCGGCUCCGCCCAGUUGUACACUCUUUGAGCAUGAAAUGAAUGCCACCCAAUUUCUGGAAUCCAUUCAGAAGAUUUUCUCCGCGCGGAUGUUGAAAAUGCCAUCGCUGUAUUCAUUGUCGCAUGUAUUGGACACGUGGGAAAUGUCAGUUCGGCAGGCAUGCUCUCCGAAUAACAAUCCAAACUCAAUAUCAGCAACAAGCGUUGCUCUUGGCGUUUGAGCAAAUCAACUAUUUGGAAUUUUAUGAUGAUAUUUUUUUGCAUAUUGUAUCGAAAAUAAAUUUAUACUUUUGCUUUUAUUGAAAUGAAAAUAAAACAAAAUUAUCCAUUUUAUAGAAGAUGAAAAAAGAGGGCCAUUUUGAUUAACUUCCAAAAAAAUUGUUGAUUUAUUUACAUUUUACAUUAAAUUUUUCGAAACAUUGGUAUGAAAA